AAAAUAAUGAUAAUAGCAAAUAACAAAGUUAUUAGAUUCUGAAUUCUUGAACUGUAAAGGGUAAAAUAGGAAGAAAAUAAUAACAGAGCAACAAAACAAUGGCGAUGAUGGAGGGUGGUGAUAGCAGCAACGCAGAGGAAUUUGCUGUGGGUUGUUUGCUUUCGAUCAGAACAACGUUAGGAGAUGAAUUUGAAGGUCAAGUUGUUACCUUUGAUCGACCCUCCAACAUCCUCGUACUCCAAGAAGGUUUCAAACAUGGCCCUCGUCGAAAUAUUAGGCUUUUGAAAGCUAAUUAUAUAAAAGAUUUCACCUUUUUAGGCCAAGCUCAAGACCCACUUGAUCCACAUGAUUGUUACGUUGAUCUUAAUGUUCUUCAAUCAAGGGAAGAACUUGCCAUUAGACAAGCAGAGGCAGAUGCUGAGAGGAUUGGAGUUGGUGUUACCAAUGAGGCACAGAGCAUCUUUGAUGCUUUAUCUAAAACGCUUCCAGUCCGCUGGGACAAGACCGUCAUAGUUGUGAUGAACGAGGUGCGUGUCAGCAGUCCUUAUCACUCUGAAUGUGUGAUUGGAGGUACGCCUGCUGCAAAUGACCGGGUGAAGAAAGUGCUUGAGUUUGAGAGGAAGAGGUUGCAACUUCGUGGUCCUGGUGGUCAGUAGAGCUACAAAUUUACAUCCUAUUAUGCUCAGGAAAAUACCUCCAAGGACAAAACAUGAUGCGUGUAUUGGUUUUAACAAAAUCUUGUACGAGAGGGUUUUCCAAGGCGCAUUCCUGACUUCAGAUAUCUUUUGAUUAUCUGCUCUCUUGAGCCCUCUCAGGUUCUGUCUUUGCUUAUGGAGUUUCAUUUGAGGCAUUUCCCUCAGAUUCUUCUUAGGAGUGAAUGCCGAAGCUUGUGAUUUAUUGUGUGUUAGACUUAGAACCCAAAAAAGUGACUAGGUUUAUAUAAUUUAUGUGUUUGACAUUGGCAAGAUGAACCAAUUUCAAUGAGUUUGACCAAUUCUUUGGAUAAAUUUGAAUCUCGGGUUGUUUAUUCAUUA